GACGUUUAACACCAACACUGAAAAUCGAAAAUACCCAAACUUGAGAACUGCCACCCGCCAAACCUAAGUUCAAGAUUGACAACUUAAGUUUGUGAAAAAAUCACAGCUUGCCAAUAAGCCAAACUUGUCCUUCAAGCGAAGAACUGUUUUUUUGGGGGGUUUUUGUUGUAAGCGCAUCUGAUUCUGUUACCUCCAUCGUGGCAGAUUUAGGUUUGGGGGGUAAGUUCAAAGCGAAGAACUGUUUUUUUUGGGGGAUAAUUUUUAUUCCCGCUUCAUUCGCAGAAAGUCUCACAUAUACGAUGAUGUAGCUGCCUCUCUCAACAACUCUUCGGUGGUCGAGCGGUUAGCAUCCUGAGAUGGUAAUCGCAAAGCCAUUGCAGGUAUGGGUGUGAUUCCUGAACCUGGCGAUAUUUUUUUUAUUUUGAUUUCCAUUUUAUUGUGGUAUCAGAUUUUGGGGGAUGAGUUCUCCUUUGAGAGCUUUACUUUGAGCUAUGCCACCAAUAGCCAAACCUGUAGGGAGGGAGUUUCAUUCGGGUUGGCGGGGAAAGUUCUCAAGUUUGGGUAUUUUCGAGGUUCAGUGAACAUGUAUUUCAUGUCUGCGACGGAUCUCAUCUCACCAUAGGCAGCCAGCGCACCUUUCGGAAACAUCUGUGCAGCAUCAGGCACCUGUGGUCGCGAAAACAUUAUCUAACAAACUGCUGACAUCUAAAUUAAUUGUUAUAAAUAAACUACCUGUAAUUUGGAACUGUAGAUCUAAAUAAAAGUGCGAUCAACCAUUCGGAGAAGUUGCAAUAGCAUUUACAUUCCCAACGCCAUUGGGUUGAGUUGUAGUGUGUGAUACGUGAUCGAAUAAAAAGCCGGACCAUAGUCGUCUCCGUGAAAGUUGUCAAAUUUUGAGAUAUCCUGGGUAUCAAUGGCCACAACUAGCAAUGUCUUCGCAAAUACCUUCUAAUAAGUUCACAAAUGUGGUCGGCUGGACAAACCGCCGAAGUCCAAUUCUGCAUCUUACAACUAACCAAGAUGUGAUCAGUCAGGGUAAAUGCUUGUGCGGAGAAUACAUUCGAGCUCGUUUGCGACGAUCCGGGUUGCUGAAUCGGAAAAUCUUACAGCGCUUGCGCAGCAUUAUGGAGGUUCCUAGUUGUGUAGUCGUUCGUGAAACAUUCCCAAUUUUGAACGGAAUGGGUGAAGAACUGGAGCGAAUGCAUCCCAGGUUGUACAAUAACGUUAGCAGACAGAUUUCCUUGGAACCGUGGGGAGAACUGACUGAACCGGAUUCCGUUUGCUACUUGCUCCAUCUUGUAGCUAAGGACCUGUUCAAAACCGAUGUAACCUGGGGAAAGAUUAUAUCUUUGUUUGCCAUUGCCGGUGGUUUGGCUGUGGAUUGUGUACGUCAGGAGCAUUAUGACUACUUGCAGCAGCUCAUCGAUGGAACCACAGACGUGAUCGAAGAAGAUCUCAGCGCCUGGCUAGUGGAAAGGGGUGGGUGGCUAGGAUUACACGACCACGUUCAUCCUCCGCAGACCGAAAUUACAUUUCUCGGCUGGAUGACCAUCACUAUCUCUACGCUGUUUGUGAUUUACUUAAUUUCGGUUUUACUUAGAAAUAUUGGAUCCAACUACCUGUCGAGAUUCUAACACCUAGUCCGUGUUAAUGAAUAGCAAUUUUGAUGUGAUUUGAUAUUUCCUGCUACCAAUUGAAGCAAAUUUCCAGCGUUGAUGUACUUCUUUCACUAAGUCUUUAGAACAUUAAGAAGGUGACCAACCAUGUUAGAUAUUUAAGGGAAGUGGCAAUCGAGGGACCAUUGUACUCCUUUAGGUUUAAUGUGUAACAAGUUUUUAGUGCAUACGUCAACUUGAUCAAUUUGAUUUUCAAUUAUCUUCGGCAAAAUAUUUAAAACAGAAUGUUCCAGCAAUCGUUAAGUGAUACUAAUGCUCAAAGCAACGAAUAUAGCUAAUCAGCAAACUUAAUGUUUCUGUUUUUUUUAAUUAUUAUUUUAUGUCAAGAAUAAAGGGUGUAGUUUAG